GAAAGAGGAAAGCAGAGUAAAGGAAGGAAGGGAAGGUAUAACGUAAACCAGAUCUGUGACCGCCUCUCAUUAUGAUACGUGACCCAGCGGUGUUGUAUGACUGCGCGUGUAUGUGUCCUGGCAAUGACACACACACACACACACACACACACAUUAUGCAGUCCUCGCGAUGACUCCCAGCUAAACAAAAGCCUUCUCUGGUGUCGUGUCGUGUCGUGUAUGUCCACCACUCAGUGUUUCAUCUCUUUCAUCACAAUCUUUUGCAAAUUCAAGCUGCUAAUCUCACUAAUACACCACAAAAACCUAGCAGAAACUCAUAUAUAUCAAGAAAAACACGCUAUAUACAGAACCUUGAUUAUCUAGUGGACAGGUUACGGUUAAAUGACUCUGCAUCUUCAGCCCAAUCAGGAGAGAGUUCAAAAGCCACCCCACCACCACCACCACGAGCUGAGGGGCGGUGCUGUGCCUCGCCCCGCCGGGAGAUGCUACGGGAGGGCUACACGUGGAGGAGACAUGACUUGCCUUCCCCUCAGCUGGCUCCUCUUCCUCCUCAUUGUCGCCUCAGAGUCUCAGACGGCGGCCAUUGCUGUCAAACCAGGCAAUGGGAGUCUCAGCAUCCUGGAAGACCUUGCUGUCGCCCUGCACCGCCUGGUAGCCACCCUGAACAGACUCAACCACUUCCUGGCCGCCCUCACCUCCACCACGCCUUUCUCCUCCUCCACCCCUUCCUCCACCGCCUCAUCCUGCGUGACUAAUGAGCGUAUUUACACCACAAAUACUACUAUUUCUUCCACUUCAACUACUACUACUACUACUACUACUACUUCUACUACUACUGCUCCUACUUCAGUUUCUUCAACUUCUCCCAUCCCAGUAAUGGAUAUUGCGACUACUGCUGCUGCUACUACUACUGCUACCACCACUUCGUCAUCACCCUCUCCUACUACCAACACUACUACAACGACCCCUACUACCCUUCCUAAAGCGCCUACGACCACUGCUACUACUUCUACUACUGCCACUACUACUACUACAACUACGAUUCCUACUACCAUUACUUCCACCUCCACAACGACAGAAACUACUACUACUACUACUACUACUACAGCUACUACACCAAUCACGACUACUACCGUUCCGAUAACUCCUGCUAUUACUAUCACUACUACUGCUACGCCUGCUGAUAUUAUACCUCCGCUCACUAAUAAUGCUACUGUCACUAUCCCUACCACCACCACUACUACUUCUACUACUACUGCUACACCAACUGACACGACCAUCACGUUAUCUACCUCCACUACCACCGCAACCACUAUAUCUACUACUACUACCGCUGCUUCACCCACUACCAGUCCCUCACUAUCUACUACUACUACUACUACUGCUAUUCCCACUGUCAUCACCACUGUACGACCAACCACCCCCACCACCACUACUACUGCUUCUACAGAACCUACUACCACAACAACUACUACUACUACCGCCACCACACAACAGCCUGCCACCACAACUACUACUACACAACCCACUACAACUACCACUACCACAUUACCCACCACCACCACCACCACCACCUCGACUGCUACUCCCACCCCAUCACCCACCACUCCACCUACCACAGAACCAACCACAACCACCACCACCACCACUCCAUCCACCACAGAAGCAACCACUAACACCAUCACCACCACCACACCGACGAUUGCUACCAUCACUCCCAUCCUUUCCUCCACCUCCUCCACCUCUACCAGCACCGCCCCUGUGGAUAAUGUCACCACCACAACAACAUCCACCACACUCACCACCAAUCCUUCAGCUUACACUACCAUCAACAACAAUCCAGUCACCACCAUUGAUAUGCCCACCACUACUACCACUGCAAUCUCAUCGCUGAUUCCCACCACUGCAACACCACCGCUUACUACUACCACUACUACUACCACUCCUACUACGAUUGGAGAAUCUUUGCCUGCUACUUCUUUGACUGACUCUGCUUCCUUGAGACUUGAAAGGACCACCACUACUACGAACGUUACUGACUCAACUAGUAGUGAACCAUUUAAAACAGCAGCAACUACUACUCCUACUACUACUACUGCUACUACUACUAUUACUCCACUAAACAACACUGUCUCUAUUAUCUCUGCUACUUCGCCAACUACCACUACUACUGCUACUACUGCUGAUACCGUAACACCACUAAUUGAAACUCCACUACUUGACACCACCAAUACCACCACAACAAUUGAUAUUACAACUAACAAUACACCGCCCACUACCAAUACUACCAAUAUCAUGACUACACCAUUUAAUAUCACUACCAACACUCCUACUACAAAAUCUACUUCUGCUUCUACCAUCACACAAGCUUCUAACACAAUUCCGACCUUCCACACCCAUUAUACCACCACUAACGUCACCACAACUGAUGUCGCCACCAACAUCGCAUCUACCACUACUGAAUUAAUUUACAACACCACUACUACCACCACCACGCAAACUAACAUUCCCACCACUAGCAUCACACCAAACAUCAGCACACCAACUACUAUCAGUGCUACCACAACCGAUAUUUCUACCACCACUACUACCCCCAUCACCACAAUUACGACUGCUGCCAUCACCACCUCCACCACCACCAUACCUACUACUACUAUUACUACACCAAACAUUACUCCUACCACCGCUACCUCUACCUCUACCACUACCACCCCCACCACCACUAGCUUAACUACUACCCCUCCUACCACCACCACCACUACUACUACUCCUGCUACCACCACCACUACUGCUACCACUACUCCCACCACCACCACCACCACCACCACUAGCACAGCUACUACCCCUCCUACCACCACCACCACUACUACUACUCCUGCUACUACCACCACUACUGCUACCACUACUCCCACCACCACCACCACCACCACUAGCACAGCUACUACCCCUCCUACCACCACCACCACUUAUACUACCCCUGCUACUACCACCACUACUGCUACCACUACUCCCAUCACCACUACCACCACCACCGCCACUAGCACAACUACUACCCCUCCUACCACCACCACCACUUCUACUACUCCUGCUACUACCACCACUACUGCUACCACUACUCCCAUCACCACCAUCACCACCACUGAGUCCAACCUCCACGCCCACACCACGAGAAACACGAAAGAAGAUAGAAGGGAAGAGGAGACGAGAGAAGAGUAUGAGGGAGGAUGGGAGGACACAAGAGAUGAUGACUCCAUGAAGUUCGUCGACGACCACAACUUGAGGAGACGCAGGAGAGCUGACGAUGAAGAGGAGGAGAAAGAGAAGAUAUUUAAAGGACAGGGAGCGGACUCAAGACGGAAUGAGAACACGGCAAAGUUUAGCGGCCGCACUGCGAAGAUCUACGAACACUACUUGAGGAGAUACAGACGAGGUAGCAAUGAAGAGGCGGAGAAGGGAGUGUUUAAGAAAAGACAGUGGGAGAAUUCAAGACGGAAUGGCAACACAGGAAAGUUAAGCACUGCGAAGACCUUCGAACACUACUUAAGGAGACACAGACAAGCUGACGAUAAAGAAAAGGAGAAAGAGAAAAAGGAAAUAUUUGAGGAAAGACAGCGAGCGAAUUCAAGACGGAAUGACGAUACAGCAAACUUGAGAGACAGUACUGCGGAGACUGACGAACACUAUUCUAGAGGAACCAAACGAACUAGCGAUAAAGAGGAAGAAAAAGGAAAGAAGAGGACAUUUGAAGAACACCGAGAGAAUUCAACACGCAACAACAACACAGUGAAGUCUAGGAACCAAAUGGCGAUGACAAACAAACACUACACAAGAAAACGCAGACAGAUCGAUAAUGAAGAGACAGAAGGGAAAGAAAACGCGGGAGAAACAGAAAACGAACUAACCUCAUCUCUCAACACAACAUGGUGGCAGCGCCUAAGCACGUGUCUAGCCUCCGUGCAAGUGGUUCUGAUGGAGGUGGAUGUGACUGCGACCCAUACAGUCCACGUUGCUAGCCUGUGGGACGCCGCUGAGACCUUGGACGCCUUAGUUGAGGAGGGCGCUGCUUUGAGAUUACUAGAAGGGGAUGCUUUGAGUGUUGAGUUACGGGAGGCGAUGGGAAAUGUGCAUCAACUUAGCGAGAAACUGGCGAACGUGACGCAGGUUGUGGAGGCUGCUAUCGCUAGUGCCAAGGCGUGGCAGGCGGCGAUGCUGUCGGGCGUGUGUGGGGUGCUAGGCGUGUGUGUGGUGGUGAUGGUGGUGGCCCUCGUAGCGCGCAGACCCUGCAGGCGACGAGGCAUUCUGCACAUCACGCCCAAGGGAGAUAGGUGUCUCAGCCGCAGCAAGAUCCCCACACAUGUCUACCUGGAUAACACCUCGCCUGUGUGCACCAAAUCCUUCGUCACACAUGCUUGGAGGACCCUGCGCCGCCACCACCACCACCACCACCACCGUGACAGCCGCCGCCCGAUGAUUCCUCUGGAGUUUCUCUCACACCAAGCUGAGGCUGCUGAGAGUACUGGCUGACGGAGGCGCUGACGGAGGCGUUGACGGAGGUGCUGACGGAGGUGUUGACUGAAUUAAAUGCUCGUCUGUCUGUCCGUCUGUCUGUUAGGUAUGCGUUAGUGGUUCACGUGGUGUAUUUGAAUUGUGUUAGAUGAUUUUUUUUGGAUUUAUAGGUUUGUGAAGUGUUUUGUGGCUGUUAAUUGGUUGCAGAAGGUUGUUAUUAUUGAUGAUAGUAGUAAUAGUAGUAGUAGUAGUAGUAGUAGUAGUAAUUAUUGUUAUUAUUGUUGUUGUUGUGGCAAUGCUCCAUCUUUCAGGUUUCAGUACAUCCUCUAGCAGGUUUUGAGUGGAAAUUUCCAUGGGAUGACCUUAGUGAACGGAAUGUUCUUCGGCGGAAUUUCCACACACAGCAGCGUCAAAAAACCAGGAUGCAGGGCUGGGAGGAAAUUUUGUACUUGAUUGUUUCGUAAUGGUUCACUCUCAAUAGCGUGUGACGGGAAGAAUAAUUACACCAUUACAAUAAAACAAGCUGUAAACAUUGUACUCUAAAAUCUUUCCUCUGUGACUGUAAGUUCCGGACCUUCUGAGUACUGCAAACGCUCAAAUACCUGUAAAGAGUUGAUAUUCCAGUAAAAAUAUCAAGAUGUAAA